AAUUAGUCCGGAUUGAGGAAGUUGUGGGUGUGUAAUGGGUUAACGGCGGAAGGCCUCGCCUCACCUUUAUUGCGCGUCACCCAGCUCUGUAAAGUGGUCUCACCAUCCCAGCAUCCGAACCGAAGGGGGAAAAUCACCGCCUCUUGCUGCCGCCAGACGCGCCUCUUCCUCUCGGUCGAGCUCACGUCUACCCGUCGGUCUCCGCCCCGCCGCUCCAUCACCGUCACAUACACCCAGAAGACAACGGGAACUGAGGGAAUAACGGCAAUUUACCGGCGAAACGGGGAAUCAUGAAGGACCGCAUGCAAGAACUUAGACAUGGGAAGGAGACGACUGAGGAGGAAGAUGAAGUCGCUGUUGGGAUGGAGAAAGGCUUUAUGGACGAAUUCUUUGAACAGGUGGAAGAGAUCCGGGGUUUUAUCGAAUCGCUGGCAGAGAAAGUUGAAGAGGUGAAGAGGAAGCACAGCGCCAUCCUUGCCUCACCCAACCCAGAUGAGAAAACUAAAGCUGAACUUGAGGAUCUUAUGGCAGACAUCAAGAAGUUGGCCAACAAAGUACGCUCCAAGUUAAAGAGUAUCCAACAAACCAUUGAGCAAGAGGAGGGGCAGAACAGAUCAUCGGCUGACCUGAGGAUACGUAAAACACAGCACUCCACACUGUCCCGUAAAUUUGUCGAGGUGAUGUCAGAAUACAACACCACUCAGUCGGACUACAGGGAGCGCUGCAAGGGACGCAUUCAGAGGCAACUGGAGAUUACUGGAAGAAACACAACAAACGAGGAGCUGGAGAGCAUGUUGGAAAGUGACAACCCAGCCAUCUUCACGUCGGGGAUAAUUAUGGACAACAUCACCCAGCAAGCAAUGAAUGAGAUCGAGACGCGGCACAAUGAGAUUAUCAAGCUGGAAAACAGUAUCAGGGAGCUUCACGACAUGUUCAUGGACAUGGCCAUGCUGGUGGAAAGCCAGGGGGAAAUGAUAGACCGCAUUGAGUACAAUGUGGAGCACUCGGUAGACUAUGUGGAGAGGGCGGUAUCAGACACUAAGAAGGCUGUUAAAUACCAGAGUAAAGCCCGGAGGAAGGUGAUCCUGAUAGGAGUUUGUGUUGCGAUUUGUGUCACCAUCCUCAUUAUUUCGCUCGCAGUGGGACUCAGUUAGGAGCCUAAAAAAUCAUCACAUGGCAGACAGGACAGUCAUUAAGAGUCACAUGAAUGCCAGAGAAACACACUACACACACAAUUGUUCAUGUGUUAAAUGUACUGUAUGGUGGCCUCUGCAAUGUGUGCAGUGAGCACUGUUUAUGAACUGGGUAGCAAGUCAUUGCAUUACUAGUCUGAGGUCUGUGCAGCAGCUAUGAAUACUCAAAUAUAAUCUGCAUCAACUUUUAUUCUUAAUGUGUGCUUCAGCUCCAGGAAUGGUUUGUGCUUGGCCUGUUUGAGUUGCAUAGCUUUGUCAUGUGCAUGUUUCUCUCUAUGUUUUCCCACAAACACAAAUUGAAGAUGAUUGCAUUAUUACUAAAAUGAUAAUCAAAAUAAGCUUAUUUCCAAUUAGAGUUAAGGAUGAUGUAUUACUAAAGCUAAAACAAAAUAGUUAAACAUUUUGGGAAAUCCACUUUUGAGUCCCGCUGGUAAGAGUUAAAUCACAAAUUUGUGCCUUAGAGAUUUUGUCGUUUCGCAGGCAUAGUGACUUUAUGGAGGAGUGAUCGGGAAUUACAGCAAUCUCCAAAAAUGUAUUCUCCCUUCCAGGUUUUCAUCUGUAGUGUGCAUAUCAGUGUUUAUGCUUCUGUGCAAUUUCUGCUUUUGGAAAAGCCUAACAAAUAUAAAACCAUUGACUUGUGGUGAUGUGUUAACAGCUGGGUGGAUGUUUUCUUUUCUGUUUUGUUUUUUUAAUAAUUGUGAUUUUUAAUCAUGAUUUUUAAGAUACUGUAACAAUGUAGAGAUUUUAUUUCCUUCUCACCCGAUACAUCCAUGAUAUAUCAAUGAAUCUGAAAUGACCAGGUAAAUUAAAUAAGCUAUUAUAGUUUAUGAGUGAAAUUAGGAUUUAUAACACACAAACAAAUGUAAGUUUAUAGUCGUAAUUUUUUUUUUUUUUUUUUUUUAGACAGAAUGAGAUAUCUGUAUUCAAAAGAACGCUUUCUUUUAAUUUAAUAUAAGGUUGGGACAUUUAAAAAUUUAGUCUGUUACUUUACAGAGCUUAAAUUGAGGUAAAAAGAACCUCAGAUGAACAACAACACAUGACAUAUGUGUCAUUAUUUAUUUUUUAAAAAUCCAAAAUGCAGAACCAGUGUGUGAAAAACUAAGUACAUUCUUAAUACUUUCAGAGGAAUUAAAAGGGUAAGUAGCAGCCACGUGCUACUAAUCAAAUGCAUUUGAUAGUGGAGAAGGGUUCUGGUUAAGGUCUAUGCCUCAACAAGAACCAUCCCUGUGUAGUGCUCUGUCUCUCAUCCUUCUCUGUUCGUUUGGACUCUUGGUUGUGUCUCAGAGAGACACGUAAGCCCUCACGGCACAUCAAGGCAGAGUCCAUGUGACGGUUCUUUUUGUUUUGUUUUGUUUUUUGUGGUGGUUUUUUGUAAUACUUUUGUUUGGAGGUAACUUGUGAAUGGAAAAACAUUCAAAUUCAA